GUUUCAAACAGGGAAUGCCCUUUUUAAGCUCUACAGAAUCCUUUCAACAGAUCGUAUUCCUUUUCUUCGUUGAUUGCUGGAGUGAAAUCUUCUGCUAUAUCUCCUUGUGGCCAUUAUUUGCAAUUUUUCCAAGAUUUUUUGUUCAUAAUGGAUGUGUGAAUUUGAAAUAUAAUAAUUGGAUAAAAUCCACCACCUCCUCUGCCACUUUCAGAAGAAAAAAAGUAAUAAUAAAAGAGUUUUCUAGCAGAUAUUGCCUUGAAAAAGUGGGAGGUGACACAAGGAGCAGUAUAUUUAAAAACCUCCACCCAAUUGCACAUAUUCUCUUCUUGACACCAAAACCAGGCCCUUUCUGCAAAAGAAUGUAUAUUAUUUUGUAGCUUCAAGUAUUAAUGGCAGAAGAGGAUACCCUCUCUGAAAUUUCUGAAUCUUCUUCGUCUUCUUCAGCUCUCACCUCUCCAAUGUCUACUCCCUUGAGGAAGGUGUUCUGUAGAAUUUCAGGCCUUGCAAGUUCUCUGAGAAGAAACACAGCCCCUCACAGUAGAAGAAUCUUUCACAGAGAUGUUGAGCAGCAAGAGUUUCAAUAUGCAAACUCUCAUUGCCUCUCUUCUUACUACAGUGUUUUUGUUGCUCGUCUUGCCAUAAUGGUGAUGCUUGCUAUUUUGAUUGGGCUGUUGACAGUUCUCACAUGGCAUUUCACAAAGAGCUACACAGCAGAGUCACUACAUAGCUUGGCGUAUGGUCUUCGCCAUGAACUGCUGCAGCGCCCGAUCUUACGGAUGUGGAGUGUCUUAAAUUCCACGGCUGAAAUAACCACAGCUCAGGUUAAGCUCUCAGAAUAUGUAAUGAGGAAGUACAGCAAGCCUACUAAUCAAGCAGAGCAAGUUGAGCUGUAUGAAGCAAUGAGGGACGUUACGUGGGCGAUGUUUGCGAGUCGAAAAGCUCUUAAUGCCAUAACCAUCAAUUACAAGAAUGGCUUUGUCCAGGCAUUCCAUCGAGAUCAUACAAGCAACAAUACGUUUUAUAUUUACUCAGAUCUUACAAACUAUACCAUUAGUGCCACUGAAUCGCAUAAUAUCAAUCGGCUUUCGUCGGGUGAAGGGUGGUCAGAGCCACACAUACACGGCAAUAUGUCUGCAAAAUGGUAUAGGGAACCUCUUGAUCCCAUUAGUGGCCAGAAGAUAGGGAAAGCGAAGCAAAUCCCUCCAGAGGACUUGAUUAGUAUUGCUGGCAUUUCACAAUUAGCAGAUGGUGUUGCCUCAUGGCAUGUUACUGUGAGCAAGUACAUGGAUACACCAUUGCUUUCUGCAGCCCUGCCUGUUUCCGAUGCUUCGAAUGAAAGCAUAGUUGCGGUGGUGGGCGUUACAACCUCACUUUAUAGUGUAGGUCAACUAAUGAAGGAGCUUGUUGAGUUCCAUAGUGGACAUAUUUAUCUAACCUCUCAAGAGGGCUACUUGCUUGCUACUUCAGCCAAUGCUCCCCUGUUAAGAAAUACAUCAAGUGGUCCAAAGCUCACGAUGGCUGUUGAUUCCCAGGACGAUGUGAUUCGAUUAGGAGCAGAGCGGUUACAGAAAACCUAUGGAAACAAUUUUCCUCCUGGACAUGAGGUUCAUGAAGAGAAUGUCAAGCUUGGUGAUCAGCAAUAUUACAUUGACUCGUUUUUUCUUAAUCUGAAGAGGCUUCCUAUUGUGGGGGUUGUCAUCAUUCCUAGACAAUACAUAAUGGGAAAGGUAGAUGAGAGAGCUGUCAAAACAUUGGUUAUACUGAUUUCUGCAUCUUUAUGCAUCUUAGUUAUUGGAUGUCUAUGCAUUUUGAUUCUGACAAAAGGAGUAUCUAAGGAAAUGAAACUAAGGGCAGAACUAAUAAGCCAUCUUGAUGCAAGAAGAAGAGCAGAGGCAUCUAGUAAUUACAAGAGUCAAUUUCUAGCGAAUAUGAGUCAUGAACUGAGGACACCGAUGGCAGCAGUAAUUGGAUUACUGGACAUUCUAAUGUGUGAUGACUGUCUCAAUAACGAACAAUUCGCAACCGUUACUCAAAUUAGAAAAUGCUCAACCGCUCUACUCCGACUUCUCAACAACAUUCUAGAUCUAAGCAAGGUUGAAUCCGGAAAGCUAGUUUUGGAAGAUGCCGAGUUUGACCUGGGACGAGAACUUGAAGGGCUUGUUGAUGUGUUCUCUGUGCAGUGCAUUAACCAUAAUGUGGAGACUGUAUUGGAUCUCUCUGAUGAUAUGCCAAAAUUAGUGCGAGGAGACUCGGGCCGAGUUGUUCAAAUUUUCACAAACUUGAUCAGCAAUUCUAUCAAAUUCACAACCUCUGGUCACAUCAUUCUUCGAGGGUGGUGUGAGACGUCGAAUAAUCUCAACGACGUAGGCAAUUUCUGUACCGAUCAGAAGAAAUCACGAUUUCCUAAUUGGACAAAGAUGAAACAACAGGGAGACCACACAAAGAAUGAGAAAGAUAACAAAAUGACCUUGUGGUUUGAACUUGAUGACACUGGAUGUGGGAUGGAUCCAAGAAAAUGGGAAUCUGUUUUCGAGAGCUUUGAGCAAGCAGAUCCCUCGACAACCCGAACGCAUGGUGGAACGGGUCUUGGGUUAUGCAUCGUACGUACCUUGGUUAACAAGAUGGGGGGAGAAAUCAAGGUUGUAAAGAAGAACGGCCCGGGAACGUUGAUGCGACUUUAUUUGGUUCUUAGCACGCCUGUAGAUUCGAUGGAUCAUCACUGUCAGCUUGAUUUCACACAACAUAAUGCAGUGGUACUGCUUGCACUCCGUGGCAGCAUGAGUCGAUUAAUCACGUCACAGUGGCUUCGUAAAAUCGGACUGCUCACAUUAGAAGCUUCAGAGUGGAAUGAACUAACACUAAUCCUUCAGGAACUCUUUCAAGCCAGAAGUUCAGAAACUAAAAAGGGAUUUAGUCCACAGGAUUCACUAGGUGAACCAUUACGAGCAGAGCUAAUGAGAAUUAAAGAUAUGAAAAGCCAAAUAUUCAUCAUCGUUGCCGAUAUCGGGAUACUCGACUUGAGCACGGAUAUUUGGAAGGACCAACUUUACUUCCUUGAUAAGUACUCUGGAAAAGCAAAAUUCGCAUGGAUGUUAAACCACGAUACGUCCAACGCCAUUAAGAUGGAGCUCCGGGGAAAAGGGCACAUUAUAAUGAACAAUAAGCCAUUGUACAAAGCCAAAAUGGUUCAUAUUUUGGAAGCUGCUAUGAAGGACAGAAAUCUUGAGUUGCAGAAGAAAAGCGCUUCAAGAAUUGCAUCAAAGGAAGGGAAUUAUCAUGAAUGUCUUGAAAUUGAUUCCACUCAGUUUGAAACUGCCAGCUCCGAUGAUUCUGAUAUAUCUGAACUUAGCAAUUGUAACUCUCAGUGUGCAAAAUUUCAAGUCAAAGACAGUCUAGAAGAAACGAUAGCAAAACCAUGUCAGUCGCCAUUUUCGCCCGUUAACCAUAGCUUAGUUGAGCUAACUCAUGUACAUUCGAACGAGAGUAAUAUGAGGACUGGGGAUCCACGUGACACGAGGCAGAAUUCGUCAAAGCCUCAAUGUCGAAGUUCGGAAUCCAGUGGACAGAACUUGGGAUGCAACUAUCCUACAAGCCAAGGAGAAUCACAUUCGAAGAACGUUCCGAGUAAAAGAUCUCUUGAAGGGCUACGCAUUUUGCUUGCAGAAGAUACACCGGUUCUCCAAAGAGUAACGACGAUAAUGCUCGAAAAGAUGGGAGCCAUGGCCAUUGCUGUCGGAGACGGACUGCAGGCUGUAGAAGCUAUAACUGCCAUGCUAAGUGCUGAAGAGCAAAGAAGGGAAUGCCCCACAAGAUAUGACUUGAUAUUAAUGGACUGCCAAAUGCCAAGGAUGGAUGGCUAUGAAGCAACGAAGGCUAUUAGAAAGCUAGAAGCGGGAUCGAGGCUUCACGUUCCGAUUGUAGCAUUGACAGCCCACGCAAUGUCAUCUGAUGAAGCCAAAUGCUUGGAGGUCGGAAUGGAUGCAUACCUAACAAAGCCAAUCGACUAUAAGCUGAUGGUAUCCACCAUACUUUCCCUCGCUCAAAGAAGAGGCUAAGAAAGCUUGCUAAAGGUUUCGGUUUUGAAAAUCAACGCAAAGUUGCUCCCUUACCGAACAACAGGAAGCUAGAAGGCCUUGAAGGAUCGAAGCGAUCGAAGCGGGCAGAAGAUCAUAGCUCUAACACUCAAGAGUAUGAACAAAAUGAUGCAAAUUCUAUGUUUAAUGACAUCAGCAACAGAUAGAAAUGGUUGGGUGUAAAUUUGUGAAUCAGACGAGAGUGGAAGUUUUCUUUUUUUUUUUUUUGUAACAAAC